AGCCAAGUCACGUGACAGGUUAUAUUUAGGGUCACUAGUUCGUCCGCAUUGCGGAUCAGCUUUCGCAUUGGGCUCGCAGAAAAACGGUUUCCUUGUAUCCUGUUAAAGAAAGGCGCAACGUUCUUUCAGUCAUCGAACAAAUGCGGAUGAUCAUAUGCAAGGUGAAUCUUUGCCUUUAUUGAACAACAAAACGUGUAAAUCCUUGUGCAGGAAAAAAGACAAAGUGAUGAAUGCUUGUAUCGCUUUACUCGUCUGUGUUUGCUGCGCAGGGGAGGCUACAGUCGAGAAAGACCUUCACAUUUCAGAUUUUUUCAUCCGUCUCCGUGGUUCAAGUCUUGCAUUCGCUGGUCGUGUCGAAAUCAAGCAAACACUGCGGGGGGACUGGGGAACAAUCUGCGAUGAUCACUGGGACUGGGCUGACGCUGUGGUCGUUUGUCGUUCUCUGGGAUAUGCAAAUGCGGAAGCAGCGAUUGGUGGAGCGGCAUUCGGAAUAGGUGAUGGACGAGUGCUGUUCCGUGACGUCAUUUGUCACGGCAACGAAAGUUCACUAGAGUACUGCAAGUUUCAAAAUGUGUCGGACGACGAUUGCUCGCAUCAAAGAGAUGCAGGGGUCCUUUGUACCCCCACCCAUAUAGGUGUUCUCUUGGAAAUAAUAAUAAUUGGUGCUGGAUGUCUACUUUUGUUUCUUCCGUCGGUUGCUAUGUUAAUCAUAACCAUUCGCUUGGAAAGACGAAAGAGCGUGCGCCUUAAAAGGAGAAACCAGACAUCACCUCAGAAAGCACAGUGCGAGGAACUUGCGCAUACUAAUCUUGCUGUCGAGAAUAACCAAGUAAACGACAGAGAUAUUGAAAGAAUAGGGCAUGUUAAUGAGACUGUAGAGCCUCAGGUAUCGGGGGCGUCACCUACUCGUCAAUCUUCGAGUAAGAAGUACAUGGGGCUUAAACGUCGUUCCUUUGCGUACUUUUACACCAAACUGAAAAGAAAAAGUAAGCGCAAUUCUUCUCAAUCUGUUUUGAUUGAUGAUGGUCAGGACCACAAAUACUACGCUAUCAAGGAAAAAAGACGAAGUACCAUGGAUUCGUGCUACGAGGACCCAGAUUACCUCCGUAUUGAGCCAACUGAAGAAGCAACUUACGUGAACUCUGAGGCGCGCGGGCUAGUCGAGAACUUAGAAAUUAUUUCACAAGACAGUUCUAACGAGUAUCUUGUGAUAAUCCCCACUAUCAAGGAAGAGUGUGGUGAAAAUGAAACAUCUUGUGAAGAUGGUCUCGAACAGGUGAUUAUCAGAUAUGGCGAUUUGAAUAAAACACAACCAGAAAACCCCGACGCAGAAUAUGUAGAAAUAAUUGCGGAUGAUAAUGAUGAUGAUGAUGCAAAUGAUAAAGCGGAUACGAUAAAAGACGCACAGCAGGCAAAUUCUAAUCCUGUAAAGAACUUGGACGAUACUGUACAGGAGUCGGGCUAUCUGGUACCUAUGGCAUUACCUCAAAACGCGAUUGAAGAUGAGAGUUACACGAAGGAUCUGCCCCCACCGCCGUCAACCUUUUACACCCAAGAGAUGCACUCUCCGAGAGGGAGUAUCUCUAAUGAUAGUAAUACUGAGUAUUUGACUUCACCCUUGAUGGGAGCUAAAGAUGAUUACAGUCACCCUGUUGGUCUUCCACAAGUACCCGAUAAAGAGGACAUCGCGGCGGAUUUAGGUCCAAGCGCCUUGAAUGCCAAAGUUACGCCUUCUGCUGAGAGGACAAAGACAAGACCAGCCGAGCCUUUAGAUAAAAACAAGGAUUCAUUAGAAGAGACUAGAUUGGCGACAGAGGAGGAGGGCCAAGGUAAUGGUUCUUCAAGCAUUUCGUGUUCUCCUUGUUCUCCGCUUCCUAAACCUAGGACAAAGAUGCCACAACAACAUUCACAUGGAAUAAACGCCAAAGACAGGCCGUCAAUAUUAGCAGCAAAGGCUGAUGGGAUUGAACAACGGCAAUAUCCUUCACCUCCCACACGAAAACAAAGUGCCGAAAGUAAUCCUCGUAAUAAUAUUCAAGAUUUCAGCGGACAUUUCCAUCGUAAACCAAUAGCGGAUACUUGUCCAGCAGAAGAAGAAUCGACAAGAAAAUUGGACUCAUUCAUGGAAUCUCUGGAAAAGGUACUCAAAGAAAAAGGUAUAGCAAAGGGAAGUAAUGCGUCCUUACCUCGCCAAGAUACACAAAGCCAGAAACCACAGCAGGCGUACGAAACUCCAAACAUUCGAACUUGUGCCCUGAACGGAAAACCUUUGGAGUUUGAUGACUCCCAAUGUCCUGGCUCCCUCAAGCCAUUACAGGAAGCAGUUGGCCAAAAUACAAACGAUGGCGAGGAGGGACAUGAGAACGAUGGUAACAAAGUCUCCCGUAGAGGCUCGCUUCAUUGCUAUGAAAAUAUUAGGGGCCAACCAGAUGUCUAGGAGUCUAAUGUUAUAGUGAGUAGAAAGUUAGUUUUGAUUAUAGACACCUAUUUGAAAUAAGGCUGUACUCGAAUCUAUGUGUCGUAACCCUCAGUGUUUUAUGGGUAUCAAAUAAAUAAUAAAUGUGAGCGUAAAUCAAAACAAACUCAGAGUUAGAAAGCUUUAGCAUUCUUGUUUGUGUGCCUCUAAACGUUCACAUGGCUUUCAGAGACCAGGAUUCAGCCAUUUAUACGUUGCCCAUGAACCACUACGGGUUACGAUACACUGAUUCGCGGGUGCAACCUGAAUUGAAAUAGGUGUAUUGAAGUAACUAAGCGGCCUUCUGUUUUAUAUCUGGUAUAAGAAGGGGUGUUGGUAUUAACAGUUGCAUAAGUGAUUAUGGUGGUCU